AUGGCCCAGGUCAGAGACCCUCUCCUCGACCUCGAGAAGCAUCGACAGCAGCUGGAGGAACAUGUCGAUAAUCUUAUUAUCGCUUUGGACGAGUGGCGACAAUGGAAGGAAGAAUACGAGACGCUGAGAGUAGACGUCAAAGCCUUGCCAUCCACCGCAGCCCGAGUAGACCUGACCAGAGCGCGAGAGGAUUACGACGGUGAAUUGGUGAAUGAGAUAGAGCUUGUGGACAUUUUCGGCAAAAACGACUCAAGGAAGCGCGAUCAGGUUCUGAGCACCCUCACGAAUAGGUUAGAUUACGUUUCCAAGAACAUCGAUACUUUGGCCAAGCAGCUUGACGCCACCGAAAACAAGCUUGCCACUGCCAGGGUUGUUAGUAAUCCGGACGCGACCGACGAAGAUGGACCACCCAUCACCGAGAUCAUGGAAGAGCUGGACGACGAGGACAAUGUAGUAUCCUACAGCCUCCGAAGGCCGGGAGAUAGUCAAGCAGAACUGCUCGAGGCACUUGAAAAAGCCGGUAUCAACAAGAAGGACAUACCCGUGGGCACUCGUACACCAUCAGCCGAGACUUCCAACAAGACCUCCAGUGUUGCGCAGCCAACGUCAUCUCAGAAUGAACGACGCCAACCACCAAUAAGAAAGGAUGUCGAAAAUGUACCCAAGGAGAAGGCCAAGCCCAAGAAGAAGAGUGUCGCAUUCAGCGAAGACACCAAGUCCGGUGAAGAUGAGGUACAGACGGAGACGGCCAGGAGACUAGAGGAGAUCAUGCGCAAGGCCAAAGAUCAGCAGGAUAUGAUAUCAGAUCCCAUUAUCCCCGCAGACGAUUCGCCAGAAGACGCCGGCCUACGUGAAGACAUGAUCCGAUACAACAAAGCGACGAUGAUGUAUGAGAUGGCACCCAUCGUUGCCGAGUUGCAACUAGAAGAAGGAUUUGCUAGUGACGACGGCUGGGGUACUGGUGAGGAUUAUGAAGAGGACGAAGACGACGAAGAUGAGGACCAAUGGGGCCGAUCUACAUCCGGGGUCGUUGAUGACGAUUGGAAACUGCAGAUGCUAGAGCUCAAGGAGCGCAUGAGCAAGUACGCGUUUGGCGAGGACCAGGCACCCGAGGCCGACGACGACGACGAAACAGGGGAGGGCCUUGGUCGCAUUACCGUUAGACAUGGAGAAACAGGUACUCCCAGUGACGGUCUCGACAAGCAACCCACUAGCAGCCUCAAGAAAGACGGAUCUUCAUCAGCGACAGAUGAAAAGAAGAGCGUCAGGUUUGCUACCGAUCUGGAUAUUGCCGAGGCUCCAGCUUCGACUGCGACCCAAGUCAAUCCCGAACAAGCGAAACAGCCUGAGGUGGACCCAAUAUCGGACGUGAAAGAACGCGCUGUGGGAACAGCCGCCGCACCAACUCAAACCUCAAGGAAGAAGCCAUCUAGGUUCCGUAAGAAUAGGGCAACCGAAGCACCUGCGGCCCAAGCACCAGCAAUUGCCCCUCAAAAGCCCGUCGAUCAGAGCAGAUAUGCGCCCUCUGGACCUAAAGGCAGAACCCUGGCUACUUCGGUUCUCGAGCACGAACCCUCAAUAGAAGCGCAGGAACCAGACGAGUUUGAUGCCAACCUACUGCAGCAACAGGUUGCGGAGGAGUACCACAAGAUGCGCAACAAGCUCGUGCAUCGCCAAGGAGGAUUCCUGAAAGAAAACGAGAACCCCAUCCAGCCCCUCGACGAGGAAGAGGGCGGCCCCAAGCGGAUGAGUCGGUUCAGGGCAGCAAGGCUGGCUGGUCCGUAA